AUGGUCACAGAUCUACUUGUCCGAACUGGGUUAGGAGUGGUAAUUGAGAUUAAUUUUUUGCAAAUUCAGCAUCAUUUUAGUGACAAGGAUGGCUUAAAUGUUGGUAUAAUUAAAUCUGAUCGAAUGGAUUUAACAUUUCACUGGGAUUUACCAGAUAAAGUACAGGGUAUGAAAAAUAGAAUAAUGGAAGGAUGGCCAGUGCAUUUAUGGUGUUCAGAAUUCAGUGGAUUUGUCGGCAUUGUUGCAAAGUUGUUUUACAGUGCCUUGGUAGACAACAGAAGUAUUACAUUGUUUUGGGGCCCGAAAAUAUCUUUAGGAAAGCUGGAAACGGAAAUUAGUUGGUUUGAUAGGGAUCUUAUGGGUGAACAGGGAUGGGAUUCCGGAUGUAAGAAUGUUUCCAAAAGUGAUUUUCCGGAAAUACGUAAAUGUGAACACGGGAAAUCAGAAGUGUGA